AUGAGGGAAUGUAUCUCUGUCCACAUCGGCCAAGCUGGCGUCCAGAUCGGCAAUGCUUGCUGGGAGUUGUACUGCUUGGAGCAUGGCAUCCAGCCUGAUGGCCAGAUGCCUUCCGACAAGACCCUGGGAGGAGGAGACGACUCCUUCAACACCUUCUUCAGUGAAACUGGAGCCGGCAAACACGUGCCCAGGGCUGUCUUUGUUGACCUUGAGCCUACUGUCGUUGAUGAAGUCCGCACUGGCACAUAUCGCCAGCUGUUCCACCCUGAACAGCUGAUCACAGGCAAGGAGGACGCGGCCAACAACUACGCACGCGGCCACUACACCAUCGGGAAGGAGAUCGUGGACGUCGUCCUCGACAGGAUCAGGAAGCUGGCUGACCAAUGCACUGGGCUUCAGGGCUUUUUGGUGUUCCACUCGUUCGGAGGCGGCACCGGCUCCGGCUUCACUUCUUUGUUGAUGGAACGCCUCUCCGUGGACUACGGCAAGAAGUCCAAAUUAGAGUUCUCCAUUUACCCUGCACCUCAAGUGUCAACAGCAGUGGUAGAACCUUACAACUCCAUCCUCACCACGCACACCACGUUGGAGCACUCGGACUGCGCGUUCAUGGUCGACAACGAGGCCAUAUACGAUAUCUGCCGCAGGAAUCUGGACAUCGAACGUCCUACAUACACCAACCUUAAUAGGCUCAUUGGACAAAUUGUAUCCUCGAUUACCGCAUCGCUCCGCUUCGACGGCGCCCUCAACGUGGACCUCACAGAGUUUCAGACCAACUUGGUGCCGUACCCGCGCAUCCACUUCCCGCUUGCCACCUACGCGCCCGUCAUCUCCGCAGAGAAGGCUUACCACGAGCAACUCACUGUUGCUGAAAUUACCAAUGCCUGCUUCGAACCGGCCAACCAGAUGGUGAAAUGUGAUCCACGCCAUGGUAAAUACAUGGCAUGCUGUAUGUUGUACAGAGGAGACGUAGUCCCUAAGGACGUGAAUGCUGCUAUCGCAACCAUCAAGACAAAGAGGACUAUCCAGUUUGUGGACUGGUGCCCCACAGGUUUCAAGGUGGGCAUCAACUACCAGCCCCCCACUGUAGUCCCCGGCGGCGACCUCGCCAAGGUGCAGCGCGCAGUCUGCAUGUUGUCUAACACCACUGCCAUCGCUGAGGCAUGGGCCAGACUCGACCACAAAUUCGACUUGAUGUACGCUAAGCGCGCUUUCGUGCACUGGUACGUGGGAGAGGGAAUGGAAGAGGGAGAGUUCUCCGAGGCCCGCGAGGACUUGGCUGCACUAGAAAAGGACUACGAAGAAGUCGGAGUCGACUCCACUGAGGGUGAACUUGAUGAAGAGAACGAAUAC